ACUUAUUGUCUCACUUUGUCAGUGAAGUUCUAAGUAGUUGAAUGUUUUUUUUAUUUUUACUUCGCAAAAAGUAUAUACAUAUUUUCUACUGAUUAAUUCGUACGCAUUUGUUCGUGUUUUUUAAAUAGAACUGAUAGUUCUUCUAGUCUAUGUACUUACGUGUUACUCUUUAUUAUUUUUAUUUUGUAUCUGAUACGUGAUUAUAUUUAAAUUACGAGUAGUUAAAAUUGUAUAAACUUAGGCUAGUUGUCCUUCAAAACUUGACUUUUAAAGUUUUAGUGCACGUUAGGUAUAAUCAUGGAAAAUAAAACCGAUUUUGAAUAUCCUCAUACAUUUAUACUAGUGGGAGCAUCUGGUGAUCUUGCUAAGAAAAAAAUAUAUCCUACUAUAUGGUAUUUGUAUCGUGAUAAUCUUCUUCCAGAAAAUACAAAAUUUAUUGGUUAUGCACGUACUAACCUGUCAAUUUCGGAUGUUCAAGAAAAAUGCAAGAAAUAUAUAAAAGUGCGUCCUGGAGAAGAGGAAAAGUUUAAAAAAUUCUGGGACGCAAACGAUUAUUUGGCUGGAUCAUAUAAUAAACGAGUAGAUUAUGAGUUCCUUAAUCAAACAAUUGCCAAGUAUGAAAAAGGAAUUGUUGCUAACAGAAUUUUUUAUUUAGCUGUACCUCCAACUGUGUUUGAAGAUGUGACUGUAAAUAUAAAAAAUGCUUGUGUAUCAAUCAAAGGAUUUACCCGAGUUAUUAUAGAAAAACCUUUUGGCCGCGAUGCUAUAAGUUCUGAUAAACUGAGUAAUCACCUAGCUGGCUUGUUUAAAGAAGAACAGAUUUACAGAAUUGAUCAUUACUUAGGUAAAGAAAUGGUCCAGAAUCUGAUGACCAUCAGAUUUGCCAAUCAAAUUUUCAGUCCUUCAUGGAAUAGAGAAAAUAUUGCCUCAGUGCUAAUUUCCUUCAAAGAACCAUUUGGCACUGAAGGUCGAGGAGGUUACUUUGAUGAUUUUGGUAUAAUUCGAGAUGUUAUGCAGAACCAUCUCCUACAAAUUUUAUCUCUUGUUGCUAUGGAAAAACCUGUGUCUUUGAACCCAAAUGAUAUUCGAGAUGAAAAAGUUAAAGUACUGAGGCAUAUUAAUCCGAUUAAACUUGAUGAUAUACUUGUAGGACAAUAUGUUGGGAACCCUGAGGGUCAAGGUGAGGAGCAACUCGGAUAUCUAGAUGAUCCAACAGUCCCAAAAGACUCUGUUACUCCCACAUAUGCAUUAGCUGCUUUACAUAUAAACAAUGCCAGGUGGCAAGGAGUGCCUUUUAUACUGCGUUGUGGUAAGGCACUCAAUGAAAGAAAAGCAGAAGUGAGAGUACAAUACAAAGAUGUCCCUGGUGACAUAUUUGAUGGUAAUGCUAAGAGAAAUGAGUUGGUUAUAAGAGUUCAGCCAGGAGAGGCACUUUACUUGAAGUUCAUGAGUAAAUCGCCUGGUAUGAAAUUUGACCUUGUGGAAACUGAAUUAGAUCUAACAUACAGUAUGCGAUAUAAAGAAACCGAUGUUCCUGAUGCCUAUGAGAGACUUAUACUAGAUGUGUUUACUGGAACACAGAUGCAUUUUGUACGUAAUGAUGAGUUAAAAGAAGCUUGGCGUAUUUUUACACCAGUUCUACAGCUGCUGGAGGAACAACGUCUUAAACCUCUUUCAUAUGUAUUUGGUUCAAGGGGACCGCUACAAGCUGAUACAAAAUUACUGGAAUAUGACUUUAAAUAUUCUGGUUCAUAUAAGUGGAAAAAACCACUCCCUUAACAUGUAUAGUUUGUUGUGAUAUUAAUAUAGGUGACAGUAUAUUUUGUUAAGGCUUUUAAAUAACUGGUAUUAUCUAUUAAAUAUUUUUUAAAAUUUUAUAUGUACAAAAAACAUUCCUAAUAUUUUUAUUUAUAAAUAGGGACCACUAAAUGUGGGAGCAUAUUUAUAGCUCCAUAUUUACUUGUAAUAACAAAUUUCAGUAUUCAUGAUUAAGUUUAUUUAUAUUAAUUGGUAUUGUUAAGGUCAUUUUAAGGUCAGUUAAAGUCUCAUAUGCCCUUGUAAUGUUUAUAUGUAAGUAUUAUGCUUGCACAUAAGUUUCAUUGUGACUAGAGAGUAAUAAUAUAAGGGGAAAUUAGUGCCUUAAUAAUUAACUUGUAUUAAAAAAUAAUAUCAUAAUAUAAUUAUGAUUAUUAAGCAAUAUUAGUGACAAAAAAAACAGGUAGUUCAGUAUUGUUCUUGUAAGAAAGGUCAACUUAGCUCACCUUGUAAAUAAUCUGUAUAAUGUGAUUGUAACUUGAUUUGAACUCAAUAGAUAUGUACUUAAUUUAGAUAAUAUGACUAAGAUAAUAAACAAUUGAUUUGUUACAAUUAUUUUGUAUGAAUAAUAUAUUUUUUUAAACUAGCAGUGAGAUUUGUUAUAAGUACCUGUGUAUUGACUAAUAAUAUUAAGACAAAAGUAUUAUGUUGAGGUCUGACUUGAAUAUUAAAUUUCCAACCUUUAAUCACUUACCUGGCAAAUUAGCAUAAAAUUUUUAGUAUUUAUUUUUAAAUGAUUUUGUGAAGUUUUAUAUAAGUUGUUAAAUAUGAACACAGACACUAUUAUGUAGUAACAUUAUAUUCAUGAUAUCAUCAUUAGCAAUAAAAUGAACUCAUUACUAAUGGGGACUCUCUAAAACUAUUUUCAAUUUUGGGUUUUUAUGACUAUUAAUUUUUAUAUUGCGAAACAAACAUUACUUCACUGUAAUUUUUUUUAUAUAAUAUAAGCAAAAUCUGA